GGGCUGGCAGGGGCGGCGGGGAGACCCUGCCGAGCGGCUUGGGCUCGCCACGCGCGUGCGAGCCCAGCGGAGACGUGCUGAGUCAUCAGCAUGAGGUCACUCGGUGCUCCUGCUGACGCUGGGCCGGGGCGGGGGGCCCAGGCCCGCUAUCGGGCCGUCUGAGUGGGAGGCAGGGCUAGAUCCGGGCGGCGAAGGUCGGGCCGGGAUCCGGGGUCGUGUUUAAGUUUGACGGACCUGUAAGUUGAAGGCAAAGGCCUCCAAGGAGGAGGCAUCAUUACUGGGGCGCGCCGCAGGUUUCUCCCAGGGUGGAAGGUAAAGUCCCGGGCUUACGCAUCCCUCCUAGGACCUUGGGCUUCUGGUCCAGGUCCCUCUCCUGGUCCAGUUCCCCAAACUGGGAAACAGAUCGGAGUACGCCGAGGGGAGGAGCUUAGGUGGGCCGAGCCAGCUUGUCUGGGAAGGAGGCUUUCCUUCUGAGUGACCCCUGGCUGGCCGGGCUGCGUCGGCCCUGGACGGAAGAGACCGGGAGCCAGGGGAGAAGGGUGUGUGGCUUGCAGGAAGCGGGGGCAGCUCCACCAGCUAAUGGAAGGAAAGGGUGGGUCUAGGUAGGCACAAGCAUGGAGUGGAGAAUGUAGUUCUCAUUUACCUCUACGUUAUCCCUGUCAGAAGAGUUGGGGGUCCCACUGUUGCCUGAAGUUGGCAAAAAGUGUGCCCUGUUGGGUGUCUGACCUGAUGGCUGCGAACUCUUGGGAAGUGACAGCCUGUGUGGGGUGUGGCCUCCACCUUUGCAUGGCUGAAUGGAUGUUUAUUGACUUCUCCGUUGUCAAGGUUCCUGAGCUCUAUUUUGCAUUGCUUUCCUUGCUCGGGGUUUCAUGGCUAGCUUAAGCAGACCUUGUGGUUUGUGCUUAAGGGUGUCCCCUCAGCACUUAACUACACUGAGCCCCUAGGCUGCUUGUAGGUGCCAGGUGUUUUCAUUGGGGGUGGAACUUUAUUCCCUAUGAAAAUUCAAGAUCCCAGAAAAGUGUUUAAGCUUUGGAGUUACUAUGCUUCUGUGAACAUAAAGUUUUAAGUUCUUUUCAGAUAAUGUCAGUAUCUGAAGGAGGGGAGACCUAAGUCAGGGUCUCCUGCACUGGAGUUUGAAGGCAAGGUUGAGCAGGGUCACUGUCUUGCUCGACACUAACGUCCAGAUUGUCGAAUGUGAGAGGACUUAGGUGGGCCGAGCCAGCUUGUCUGGGAAGGAGGCUUCCUUCUGAGUGACCCCUGAGAUGCCCAAACCUUUACUUUCUUGUCAGUCUGAGUGGGUGGCCCCGAGUCCCUUGGUGCCUUGUGAUUAUCCAUAGCUGUCAGUAUUUGCAGGAGGGCGGGGUUGGGGGCGCAACUCAUCUUGAUUAGCUUCCCUGAGCUGCUUCCUCCAGCUCUGAACUAUCCCUCAGCACAGGUGUCCCCCAAGACUGUCUGCCUAGUCACUCUGUGACCCUAGGUUGGUAGAAGCCAGGCAGGCAGCUGGAAGAACUGGCUUUGCUGAGACCUGCUCUUCCUGGUUAAGCAUACAUGAGUAUACACAUACACGUUUGCACACACACACACACACACACACACACACACACACACACACACACCUUUGAUCAGGAGGCAAUUGGCUGUACUUGUGCUGAGUUCAGGCCUUCAGUAGAGGGUAAAAUCUGUUGAGGAGGCACUUUUCAGCUCCCAGCCACCACACUCUGCACUUUUCUGUGCAAUCUCAGGAAGUCACCGUUUUGAGCUCAGCAGUCUGUGAGGGAAGCUCCUGCUGGGCUGCCUCUCUCACCCCGACUUGUCUCCUGGUAUGAGUCCGGGCCAAUUUGUAAGAAAGGCAGAUCCCCUUCAGACCUCUGGUUCUGACUCGUCUUUCUCUUGAUCUAGCAGCACCCUUGCCUCUGAAAAUGCCCUUAAUCUGGUCCUGGAGAAGUGUCGUCUCGCGCCUGUGCUUGGUGUUGGCAUGUAGCCACCCUCCUGUGCGAGGUUAAGAGUGGUAGGGUCUCCACUCAAGAGAACGUGUGCCUCUGGCUCACACUUUAGUUCCCUUGAUAAGUGUAAUAAGCACCCCGCCCCCCCCACCUCCAGCACAUUGUUACCUGAAGUGCUUACAGCCUUCAGCCUCCUCUGAGAGAGGCUACAGCAACCUCACCUGCCAUUCCUUCCAUUUCCCUGCAUCUAACCUGGAGAGGGGAUGAGGCAUCUUUACCCAUGGGACUGAUAGGUGCUGGGCUAAGUGGGGAUUCCCAGCCUGGGUCUACAAAAAUGUUCUUGGCAAAGCUUUAGAAAGCUGAAAAUGAGAUUGCGUGCCAGAGGGGUGGCUGACUGUAGGAGAUAGCUGUUUUGCUUUUGUUUUCUGGCCCUGUGGUCACUGACCCUAGGCAGAGGGCCAGAGACUAGCCAGUGACCCAGAGGGGCUGGCUCUUGCCUCCUUCCAGCCAACAGUGCCCUUUCUCUGCUAAUUGUGGGGGCCCUUGUGAAACACCCAGUGUCGGGUGGGGCAGGAGCGCAGGAUGCCGCAACGAAGCCACAGGAUGGUUGCCCCAUCUGUAAAGGAAAGGACAGGGAGGGCUGGAGGGGCCCGGGCUCAGCUACUCCCAGCUGGAUUGCCUGUUACCUGGAAGAGUGCCUGCUCAUUGUGCCCCCGGGUUAUGACGACCCCCAAUAAAGGAAACAAGGCCUUAAAGGUGAAGCGGGAGCCAGGCGAGAAUGGCACCAGCCUGACUGAUGAGGAGCUGGUGACCAUGUCGGUGCGAGAGCUGAACCAGCACCUGCGAGGCCUAUCCAAGGAAGAGAUCAUCCAACUGAAGCAGCGCCGGCGCACACUCAAGAACCGUGGCUACGCAGCCAGCUGUCGGGUGAAGCGGGUGACACAGAAGGAGGAGCUGGAGAAGCAGAAGGCGGAGCUACAGCAGGAGGUGGAGAAGCUGGCCUCUGAAAAUGCCAGCAUGAAGCUGGAGCUCGAUGCUCUGCGCUCCAAGUAUGAGGCCCUGCAGAACUUUGCCAGGACCGUGGCCCGAAGCCCUGUGGCCCCAGCUCGAGGUCCCCUUGCUGCUGGCCUGGGGCCCCUGGUCCCUGGCAAGGUGGCUGCCACCAGCGUCAUCACAAUAGUAAAGUCCAAGACAGAUGCUCGGUCAUAGGGACACGUGCAGUUGCCAGGCAGGUCUUUAAGGGGCCACUGAGUGCGUGGCAAAGUUGGCAGCCCUGUCCCUCUUCCUUUCCUCUUCCUGUCUCUUCUCCUCUCCCUCCCCCCUUCCCUCCCCUGCAAAGCACAACCUGCACCCAGGGGCGUUGGGCUGAGCCCCUUCGAUGUCAUCCUUGUCGUCACGCGUGUGUUUCGUACGUUGGGAUUGGUCAGUUCAACAGUGAUGUUGGGUUGCCUCUAACCCCUUUGUACCAAGGCCAUGCAGGCUCGGAGUCCAGAGUGGGCACUGUGGGAAUGAACAGGAGUGCCCUGGGCUUAGGUCUGCCCUUCUCUGGUGGUCUGCAGGCAGCCGGUCUGCAGUGGGACUUGAGAGCUUUCUCUUCAGAUUCCAGUGGGCCUCUCAGCUCGAUCCAGAAAGGAAGAGACGGGCGCUGCCCUGAACAGUGGUUAUGUCUUGAAGGCCCUGGAUGGAUAGGCCACCAGCCUGGGCACUGGGGCAGGAACCAUGGUGCUGGAGCCUGGCACAGUGCACUGGAUAAGACCAAAUCGCCGGUUUUAAGUGUGGGUGGAAGGUGUGUCAGUGUGUCCUGCGAUGGGUCCGGUGUCACUGUUUACAUGACCUAUUUGUGUGGUUAUAUAGCCCUUUAUUUAAAAGAAAAGUUCCUUUUACGAAGUUAUUAAAUUAUAUGUUUAAGAGCUAAAAAGGAAAAAAAAAAGAGCUGCAGAGUAUUUAUAAAAUUGUCUUAAAAAAACAAACAACAUUUGACCGUAUAAAUGGAAAAGGGAAGAAAAUAUAGUAGAAACUUUGCUAGUUAAAAAACAAAAUCCCUUUCUUGUAAACUUGGGGACAGCUCUGUGGCUGUUGGAGUUUAGUUUUUAUACACAGAGUUAACAGACAUUACUUAUAAAACUUAGUUUAAAAAAAGAAAAAGAAAAAAAAAAAAAAGCCAAGCUGCGAGCCGACCAGAGGCCGUCCUCUUUGAUAUCUCUUUUGCAAUUGUACCGAAAGUGACUUACUCCUUUGCCCUUCCUGCUUCCGUCUUGCCGGUGCCGUGGUGUUGUCCGUGCCUGGUGAGGUUUUGUGCAGCCGUAAAGUGCUGGUGCUUCUGGUGACCUUUGACCUGUGGCUGUUCUGUGUGUGGGUUUUUUUGUGUAUGUGUGUUUGUUUUUUGGAUUUUGUUGUGGUUUUGCUUCUGCUGACUUGCUGGACCUGGGUUGGGUUGGGGUCCCAGGCAGAACUUACUCCAUUGGAGUGUAGGGGGCUUCCUGCCAGCUCACAUUCUUCUGCCCGUGUUCCAUUUCUCUGCCACUCGGUCCCCCUGAGCCUUGGCUUCCCAUGUGGGUCUAGGGCUUGGGUUGGUACAGUGGCAGAGUGAGUGAAAUUCGGAGCUGUCUUGGGCCCCCACGCUGCUUCCAUAUCCACCGCCUCUGGUCCUGGGUGGUGGUGCUGCAGGGACAGGGAGUCACUGUGGGUGCCCACAGGGCUGUGUCCUGCCUGUCCCUUGCUGUCUUCCUCCUGGCCUCAGCUUUGUUCCUACAGACUUCAUUUGGGGCCUUGGCUAGGCCACCCCAGUGGCCUACCUUGUGGGUUGGGAAUCCUGUCACCCACCUAUUCCUAAAAUCCCAUUCUGUGGGGUGUUGUUCCCCAGGCAGAUUAGUCAGGGGCCCCCCUUGGGGUAACCUGUUCUUCCCUGCCUCACUGUGAGAGCCUGGAGGUCUCCACCAUUGCCAGACAAGGGCUUUGGCUUCAGGGCCAGGUCUUUUUCUUCCCCGCUGUCUGCAGCUCUUGGCUCCAGGCCCUUCUUAGGCCUCCCUUCGGGAUCUGUGUCUUCCAGGGAUCCGCUGUUGGACUUGGAGGUGCUUCAUUGCAGGGCCCAAGCCUGCCUCCUCAAUCCAGCUACCAGUGGGGGCUGCCCACCUUCCAGGCUUGGCUCAGGAAGCUCAUCGCAGGCGGGUGCCCACCUGCAAGAGGCUGUAACCCUGUCUGGUCACAUGGCCCUUGCAUUGCUGGUUCUUGGGGGCCCUGGAUCCCUGAAAAGCACAGAAAUGUGAGCUGAUGAAAGCAAAGAACGGCCUGAUAGGCCUUUACCUCGAGGGCAGCAGGAUUUUCACUCAGUUUGACCCGGCAUGCAGUGCUCUGGGAGCAGGACCUCUGCCAGCCCUGGCGUUUUGGUGGGCUUCUUUGGCUCAAGGUGCUCAGACACUCCCAUUGAUGCCUGAGUCAGAUAUGAGUGGAAGUCUGGACUGUUGAUUAUAGUUACCAGGUGACCUCAUCCCUUCCCUUUGGUUCUCAAACUGGUGUCCAGAGGAGUUGCUGGUUCUGACUGUGGCAGCAGAGCUGGAGUGGAAUUAUGCCCAUGCCCAGCAGAGGAGAGGGACAGGCUUUCCAAGUUCCUUGGUCCUGGCUGAGUGGAAGUGUAUAACCGAGCAUGGCCUUCCAUGUGCAUAGCUCCAGCCUGCUGGGAGGAAGAGGGAGAGGAGGAGGUUGAGGCUGGACAUGUGUUGAACAGAAAUAGCAGGUCUUAGCUUCUGAACUGGAUAGGGCCAUGCUCAUGGUUUUCAGGUUUGCAGCAUCUGCUUCUUGAGUCUGGGGAACAUUCCUGGUAAGCCAGCCCUCAGUGCCAUCCUGUCCCUUCUCCUUGAUGUCCAGGUGUGACUGUUGCUGUCUUUCUGAUCAUUGUUAAUUCUGUUUUCCUACUGUGAGGGUGUUGUGUUUGACUUCUGACACAGCGAAUGGAGAGCUUUGGCUGAGGCCAGUUCUCCCAAACUACUCCGCUAAGUAAACCAUUAUUGUGCGACUUCCCUCCUACCCUGACUUUGCCUGACCUCCUUCCUUGGACAUGGACACUCGGAUUUCAAAGAAAACCCCACAUGAGAUGGAUCAUUUUCCUCUAGAGCGUGGUCCCCGAGAGUCCUCCCCUCCGUUGUGUCUGGCUGCUAACUUGGGUGUUGUACCGUUAGCGUAGGGCCUCCAUGGCAACACUGAGCUACUCUGGGUUCCCUGUCAUCACCAGGCUUCCCUACAGGCUGUUCUCAGUCCACCUUUCAGGUCUGUGUGUACUCUGUGUGUUAGCAGCAGCCUUGGUGUCCAGUGCCAGGGUGUGCAGUUUUGAUAAGCUACAGCCCACUUUGAGAUGGUGAGGCCACUUCCCUACUGCCUCUCUCUCUGGUGUGGCCACUUGGCCAAAGCUCCCAUCCACAGCUGGGAUGUCUGAGCCACAGCCUGCUGCACUGUUUCCGCUCUGGGAUCUUCUGAGUUACUUUUUUAGGCUGUGGUUUGGUGAGAGGAACCAACACAUUAACGAUUUUUUUUUCCCCAAAAGCCACUGAAUAAUUCUUCUUGGCAUGUUUUCAUGCUCUUGGCUGCCUGGUUUGGGAGCAGUUGUGGAGAAGAGGACAGACUCAGUACCACACAGAGGCAUGGAAUUGCGAGGGCUGCUCAUGGCUUGCCUGUUUCUGGCAUGUGUCCUGGGCGUGUGCUGUUACCUACUGGGCCAGCUGCACACGUGACUACCCUGUCCCUGGAGCAGCAGCAUGAACAGCAGCGCGGGUGUCUGGAGUGCCCCUCACAGAAUUCCCUGUUCGCUAUGGCCCCAGUUUGGCUCUCAGCCCCUCCAGCAACUCCGCCCAGUCCUGUGUUUCCUCCCAUCCUCUCUGUCUGCUAGUCCUUGAAGCCUUUAACCAAUGGGAGUGGGUACAGAAAGCCUUCUCCUGGCAACUUAGGGCAACAGGACAAGGGCUAUUGUGUGUCCAGCUCUGUUGGUCUCCUGGUGCUGAGAGGUAUGUCCAAGCAGAGUUGAUCAGCCCCUGCCUGCCCUGCAGGGCUGAAGCCAGGGGGAGGUUAGUAGAGAGUACCCUAAAUGGAGUGGAGGUCCUUAAAGAUCUAAGUGAGAGGGGCUAGGAUGUGGCUGCAAGGUGAGACCCGGUCUCCUGCACCUGGGUAGGGUCAUCAGGGAUCUGGCUGCGAGGUGAGGCCUGGGCGUUCGCAGCAGUGCAGAGCGAUCAGCCGUCUGGGCCUCAGCAGGCAGCAGCCUUGGUGCCCACCCGUGCCCUGCGCAGUAUUUAUUGCUAAAUUAUUGUCCAGGAGGGGCGGCGCUGGGCCUGGCCCCCCGGGUAUUUAUUGCUGUACAUAGUGUAUGUUUGUGAUAUAUAAGGUUUUCUUUAUUUUGUAUAUGAUCAAUAAACGCCUUUUAAAGAGA